GUGAUUUCCCCAUGAAAGCAGCAGCAGUGAGCAUUCUCCUCUUCCUCCUCCCAACCCUAACCAUCUCAACACUUUCACCCCCUCUGGACCCGAAGCAACUGAGGGCCCUCCAAUCCCUCCACAUCCCCACCGCAAAGGACCCAUGCCUCCUCCCCAACAACACCACACUCUGCGACACCUCCACACCCUUCCGCCACCUCACAUCCCUAAACCUCGCCAACUGCUCCCUCCAUCUCUCCUCCGCCGCCCUCAAGUCCCUCUCCACCCUCCACACCCUCACCCUCCUCAACUGCCACACCCCCAUCUCCUCCACCUCCCUCUCCCGCCUCAAGAACCUCACCCACCUCACCCUCUCCAACCUCACCAUCAAACCCCACCUCCCCAACCUCCAAACCCUAAGCCUUACCCACGCCAACCUCCUAGGAAACAUACCCCCUUCCAUCACCAUGUUGGACACACUUCAGCUUCUCAAUCUUUCUUAUAACGGACUCAAGGGCCAGAUACCCUCCUCCAUUGGAGACUUGAUUUCGCUUAAAGCUCUCUCCUUGGCCUCCAACUCCUUUUCCGGCUCUCUCCCAGAUUCCUUAUCUGCCAUACCAGGUUUGGUCCACUUGGAUCUCAGUUUCAACCACCUCAACGGGACCAUCCCAACCUUCAUUUCCGAAAUCACGACCCUCCAGUACUUGAACCUCGCCAACAACAACCUUCGCGGGGUGCUUCCCUUCAACUCUUCUUUUAUCCACAACUUGCAACUCUUUAAGGUCACUGGGAACGGGGACUUGUGUUAUAACCGUUCCGUUUUGUCUUCCAAGCUCAACCUCGACAUUGCUCCUUGUGAUAACUUCGGCAAGCCGAUGGCUCCUCCACCGUCCAAGCCUUCUUCUGCGGUUGAUAGCGGUGAUGGAGAUUAUGAUGACACCGAUUAUGAUGAUGAUGAUGAUAUCCACAACAAGGAGCAUCAUCAUGGGCCCAACAAGGUCGUUCUUGGCGUGGCGAUAGCGCUUUCUUCCAUUGUCUUUCUCCUUGUUUUUCUCAUCCUGUGCUCCAAGUGCUGUCGCUGAGUAGGAAUUUUGGUUAUUAUUUCCAGAUAUGCUUCUUUAAUCUCUGUUUAAUUCGUUUAUUUAUCAUUAUACAGUGGUUAUAGGGUAGGUGCAAAAUGAGAGAUGGCCAAAAAUGGUUGGAAACGAGAGUGGAAAAUUCAUCAUUAAAGUAUUCUUUUGAGCUAUUUUAAUCGAUUUCUUGUGCAAUGCAAUGAUUUAUAUAGGAGGAAUGAUGAUGGUGCUUAUGAGUACAAGACGUGGUGGGGAUGAUGCUUUCAUGUGAUAUCCAGAGAGAAAAUGUAAUAGUAACUUGUGCAAUAAGCAUAUUUAUUUCUCACACUUUUCACUCC